AUGGGUGCCACUACUGUCCCCACAAACGACCAGAUCUUGGUCCCUGAGACCCUUCUCAAGAAGCGCAAGUCGCAGGAGAAGGCUCGUGCCGAGCGCACUGAUGCCAUCAAGAAGAGAAAAGCUGCCAACAAGGAGAAGCGUGGUGUCAUCUUCAAGCGUGCUGAGAAGUACGUCAAGGAGUACCGCGAUGCUGAGCGUGAGAAGAUUCGCCUGCACCGCCUUGCCAAGAAGAACGACUCUGCCUACAUCCCCGCUGAAGCCAAGUUGAUCUUUGUUGUUCGCAUCAAGGGUAUCAACAAAAUGCCUCCCAAGCCUCGCAAGACACUCCAGCUUCUUCGUCUUCUGCAGAUCAACAAUGGCGUCUUCAUCAAGGCCACCAAGGCCACUACCGAGAUGCUGAAGAUUGUCGAGCCUUGGGUCGCUUACGGUUACCCCAACCUGAAGACCGUAAAGGACCUUGUCUACAAACGAGGAUACGGCAAAGUGAACAAGCAGCGCACUGCCCUGACCGACAACUCCAUCAUUGAAGAGUCCCUCGGCCAGUACGGCAUCGUCUGCAUGGAAGAUCUUGUCCACGAGAUUUACACGGUUGGCCCCAACUUCAAGCAGGCCUCCAACUUCCUGUGGCCUUUCAAGCUGUCCAACCCUACUGGCGGCUUCCGUCCCCGCAAGUUCAAGCACUUCAUUGAGGGUGGUGAUCUUGGCAACCGUGAGGAGCACAUCAACGCUCUGGUCCGCCAGAUGAACUAG